UAUAAAUGUAUUAGACAAAGUUUUCCCUCUAGAUUCUAUAAUUUCAAAAACAUAUACAUUAUUCCUACUAUAUAUAAUAUUCUAUAUCAACUCUUAUCUCACAGAAAUAUUUGAUUGCGUUAUUAUGACCAGACAUCCAUCAUACGCCCUGCGCAAAAUAAUCCCACCACCGUCGUCCGAAACCCCCAUCUGGAAACCAGGCCCCCCAACAGCGCUCCACAGGUUAAUUUGUCUAAUUACAAGCCACCCCGUAGUUCUCUUUGCCCGCCGAAAUGACUGCGCACACAGCCAACAAAUCCAACGACUUCUUCAAUCCACUUCUUCCACUUCCCACUCCACCACCGUGCAUCCCUACAGACUCGUAUACCUGGAUGACAUCCCAUUAGGCGACAUGAUUCAACGCAGACUGCAGGAUUUGACAGGACAAUGGACUGUGCCGCAUUUAUUAUCAAGGGACAGAGUGUCGGCGGGCUGGAGGCGACCAGGGAGGCGCUGAGGGUAGGCAUGGUGGAUGAGUUGGUGAUGGGUGAGUGGAUCGAUAUGGUUUAUUCUAUCAGGCCGGAUGCUCUGGUUAGAAAUGCGAGGAUAAAGGAGAAAUCACCAUUGUCAUUUGCUAUGGGUGUGCAGGAU